AUGUUUUAUCACAUUCCACUGGAACACGAGAUAUGCCUUCAUCCGAAGUAUUUUGGCCCCGAUUUACUGGAAACUGUGAAACGAAAGCUGUUCAAUGAGGUGGAGGGUACAUGUACUGGGAAAUAUGGUUUCGUGGUUGCCGUAACCACUAUUGAUAACAUUGGUGCUGGCCUCAUUCAACCAGGUUUUUUUUGCCAUGAAAGUUGCCUCCUCAUACUAUUACUCGUAUUAUAUGUUGGUUUUCUCCCCAUCCAUCUACUCAAUCACUCUUAUUACUUUCACGCUAUUACACUUUCUCUUCUUCUCUCCUUCUCUCUCUUUUUCUUUCGCAUAUCCAUCUUGCAAAUUAGUUACAUGUCCUUUCAAUACAUGGCUGGUAGGAGGCUGCUGUACUGA